AUGUCGACGAUAACAUUUAUUGCCAAAAAACGUACAUAUAUUAUUCCACAAGUUGAUGUUACUUUUCAAACUCUGACAAAUCUAUUCUUUAUUGAUAAAAAAUAUCGACCAUGUCCUAAUUUGGAGUUAGUUAUUCGUCAGUUGAACUUUGAUUUCUAUCAUGAUCUUCUUCCUAUUAUUGCUCGAUGGGCUUCAGAUCAUACUCAAUCAAAUUCAAUUAUACCACUUCAAGCAGGUACUACUGCUCGUGUUACUUAUACAUCUAGCCAAGCUCGUUAUAUUCUUGCAAAUGCAUUUUUUCUUAAUACAACGACAGGAUACGGUAGUAUUGAUUUUAUCGAUAUAUACCAUGUACCAUUUGAUCGAGUAGCUAUCGAACGAAUACGAUGUUUAAUUGAAUAUUUCAGACUUUCAUCGCAACAAGAAGAAAAUAACAAUGAUCAUCGAAUUAUUUCAAUCGAACGAUAUUCUUAUGGUGAGGAAUUACUCGAUUGGAAAAAACAAUUGGUUCAAAUUCAAGAAUCCAAAAUAAAUGUGUUUAUCGAUCGAAUGGAAGCAUCCGAAGAGGCACAUGGCUUUGUAGAUUUUGCUAAUAAAAAAAUUCAUAUUCAUUCGAUCAUGCCAUCAGCCACGCAAGAAGAAAUUUUAUUCAGCUGCUGUCCUGAAGCAUUUCUGGCUAUUCUAGUAUGUGAUACACUACGAUCUGAUGAAAUCGUUAUACUUCGUGGAUGUAAACGAUUUGUUGACUAUAGUGGCUAUGGUGAAACAUUUAAAUUUGUUGGUUCACAUCUAAAUUAUAAUUCAACAAAUAUUCAAGAUAUUCUUAUUAUGGAUGCUUGUUUAUCAAAUCAUUUUAGUCAACACCAUAUCGAUCGAGAUUUAGGUAAAAUGUGGGCUGCAUUUUCCAAAGCUAAGAAUGAAAUCAUUGUUACUGGUAAUUGGGGAUGUGGUGUGUUCGGUGGAGAUCCCACAUUUAAAUUUCUUCAACAAGUAUGUGCUACAAGUGUACUCGAUCACAUUGUCAAAAGAUUGGACUAUUCAGUCUAUGGCGAUGAAAGAUUGGCAUCGAAACUAAAAGACUUAGUGAAAAAAUUGGAGAAGAACAAAAAGACAGUAGCAGACGUAUAUAAAAUGAUGGUUAAAUAUGGUGAAAAUGAGAGCAGAUACUCUUCUAAAUCAAAUUUUAAUAACUAUGUAAAUGAAUGGCUCAAUGUUAAGUGA